AUGAAUGGCAGCAUGCAUCCACAAUCUCAUCACCAGCAGCUUUUGAAUCCUCAGCUCGUUUACGCCUCUAAUAAUAUUAAUUCAACCGAUCAUCCACAAGAUUUUCCGGUUAGGUCUUUGAGCCAGCUGCUUCUGGGUGGAUUUGCCAGUGGUGAAGAAGAACGUUUCAGCGCUGGUCUCUUCGAGCAGCAGAAGAAGGUCGAAAAUUGGGAAGUCGACGGCCAACAAGUCUUGAAUCUGAACUCGUUUUCGAAUUUCGCGAGAAAUAAUAACAACAACAAUAAUAAUGAUAAUAAUAAUAAUAAUGAUAAUGAUAUUAUUAAUGGGGUUGUGGAUCAUGUGAAGCAAGAGUCUAGCAGCAGCUGCCAACUUUAUAAUGAUCAUCAUAUCAAUAAUCAUAUUGACAAUGAUCAAUUUCAUAAUAAUCACCCAAAUAGAUCUAAUUGGCCUCAUCAUCAUCACCAAGUCUUGCCAGUUUCUUCUCCAACUUCAUGUGUCACAACUUUGAGCAACAACAACUUCUUGAAUUUCUCGUGUAACGCGGCUGCUGAAGCUAAAAACCGUCAACACAAUCAAGAACAUUCGUCCGAGUGCAACAGCACAAGCACUGGUGGGGUAUCAAAGAAGGCUAGGGUUCAACAUUCUUCAGCCCAACCAGCUCUUAAGGUGAGAAAGGAGAAGUUGGGGGAUAGAAUAACAGCACUUCACCAACUUGUUUCCCCAUUUGGAAAGACUGACACUGCCUCUGUCUUGUCAGAAGCCAUUGGCUACAUUAGAUUCCUUCAGGGCCAAAUUGAGGCACUCAGCUCCCCAUAUAUGCGCAAUGGGUCAGUAAAUUCUGGUCAUCACCAUCACUCUGAUUAA